ACAAACUGAUUCGGGCCAAAGUGUCGUCCAUUCUGCAUAUUUUGCAAACUCAGAAAAGCGGUAUAAGGGCAAUGAAUGAAAUAUGCAGAGUUUGCAUGGGAACGGCUGGAUCAUUUACAAACAUAUUCGACGAGCCUCAAAAAUGGGACACUUGUAUUGCUGACAUGAUAUCGGAGUGUACCGGGUACGACGUUAGCCGAGGCGAUUUACUAUCACAAAAUAUAUGUCCGCCUUGCCUUGAGGAUGCCGUGAGUGCAUUCAAUCUUAAGACCACCUGCGAGCAGAGCCAUAAACUCUAUAUCCCCGGAAUGGAAGAGGUCCUCUGUGAAAAUCGUGACGACGAGAGCUGGAAUGAAAUAGUUCACACAGAUGUAAAGGAAGUCGAUCUUCUAUUUAGUUGUCCCCAUUGCUCGAAGCAGUACACGCAUAGAAGCAACUUAUACAGACACCUCAAAUUCCAUACCGGAGACCGACCCUACAAGUGCUGCGAGUGCUCAAAGUCGUUUAUACAAAAAAGCGAACUGGAAGUGCACAUCCGUAUUCACACGGGCGAGCGACCGUAUGAGUGUACUCAUUGCUCGAAGACCUUUAAGCAGAACUCCCAUCUUCAAAUACACAUUCGCACCCACACGGGAGAGCGGCCCCACCAAUGCGCCCAAUGCUCAAAGUCAUUUCAGGAACUGUCCCACUUAAAAGUGCACAGCCGAACUCAUACGGGAGAGCGACCGUAUAUAUGCUCUCAUUGCCCCAAGUCUUUCUCCCAUGCCGGAACACUCAGGGAUCAUAUUCUUUUGCAUACCGGCGAAAGACCAUACCAAUGUCCACACUGCUCUAUGUCUUUCGCCCAGAAAUCGGAGCUGCAAGUGCACAUUCGAUCUCACACGGGAGAGCGACCGUUUAAGUGUUCUCAAUGCCCCAAGUCCUUUGCCCGAGCCGCAUGUCUCCGGGCUCAUAUCCGUUUGCACUCUGGCGAACGACCCUACCAAUGUUCCCACUGCCCAAAGUCCUUUACACAAAAAUCCAAUCAUGAUACACACACACGUACUCACACGGUGGACCGAGCCUUUCAAUGUUCCUACUGCCCAAAGUCCUUUAUAAAAAGUUCCGAUCUCCAAGCACACAUUUGUACUCACACUGGGGAGCAUCCGUACAAGUGCUCCUUCUGCUCAAAGGGAUUUAUUCACAAUUCGUCUUUGAAAAGACACACCCUCACUCAUACGGAAGAAGAGCGUUCAAGGGUACCCGAUGCUUAAAUUCGUUUCUGCAUUUCGUCAUUCGACGAGCUGACAUCCCUAACAGUCCUGAAGUAAAGUAUGGCAUGGCACUACGAGCUCUUGCACUGCAGAUCGAGAUCUCUAGGAUUUUUGAACUUGCCGACAGAGGUAAGAACGAGCAAUGUGGGAUCGAUCACUACUUCAAACACAGAACACUUUUCAGCCCACUACGAGUGAAUAAGUGCAACUCUUCAAAAGGGGGAACAAUGCAAUUUCACUGACGAAACAACUGAAAUGUGUACAUACAUAAAAUAUGUAUUUUAUUUAAUUAAAAAUUUACUCAAUGUUUUGUUCUUGAACUUUAGACCAAAGCAUCAAGAAAUCGAACAGGAGCGUAACUAA